AUGUUCAUGUUGAUGUUUCUGUUCAUAGAAUAUCCUGCAUUUGCUGAUUUCUUCUACUCCCACAAGUCGUGCAACCACGCACUUCUUAUGCCUCUGUCACUCAGCCUCGAAGACUGGAAAAAGUUUUUCGACAAAGCGGGCGGAAAAGCUCCUGCGCCUGCGAAGCAGAGCUCAAAUCGAUGUCGAAAUAAGAGGAACCGCUUUAAAUCAGAAGCUAUCAAGGUUCUUCCCUACCAAAACCAAAAGGAAGAGGACAUGUCUUUCUCUUAUUUCUCUCCAAAGAAAGGCUCUUUCUCAUCACUUCUGGAGAUGAGUCGUGAUGUGUUGUGUGAGAAAGUGACAGCCGUUGGAUUCGAAGCCUUACUUCUCCCAGAAGCUGAUGUCUAA